AUGCGCGUACUCAACGGUAACACUCCCCGAAAAUGGCGAAUGCAGAUGACAACCAGACUGACUGUCGGUGAAAGACCGGGUCUUCCAGUUGCCAUGGAAAAGCCGAUUUUGCUUCGAAGCAUCCUGGUCGUGAGCAUUGUGCACCUGAGAAGGAGUGACGGCCCAUCUCGGGAAAUAGAACAGACCGACCUCAUCCACAAGUUGACGGUCUUGGAAGACAUCAAACAGCAACUUGCCAGCUCCUCUGCCCAUGGAAACGAGUUCUUGACGCUCGUAAUUGCAAGGCUUUCCAUUGCCGAGCUCGCCGCCGGGGACGCUGAUGCAGCUGAGGCGCACAUGCGCUUUGCCUUCUCCUCUCGCGAGACGAACCCAUUUGAUCAAGUCAAACAACUUCGUGAGAGAACCACUUUGAUCACGUUUUGCAUCUUGCGCAAAGCUUGGGUCUAUUUCGUAACUCAUGGCUCAGAGCCUGGCCCUCCGACACCACAGGGCACCAUGGCGUUCAUCCUCAUGCAUUUGCUUCAUGAAUUCCUCCUGGAUCCCGAGCUGUGCGUGCUGAAACGGGUCCCGGGCGUCGACGUGGGACUACUGCGCUGGUUGGUCAAGUCUCUCAGAGACUGCAGGGACACUGGCACGCCCGUUCCUCUCUACAGUGAUCUGUGGAUAUGGCAGACUGCAGUCAGUGCAUACGCACUUAUAGUAGGAAGUGUAUGGGAAGAGGGCGAGCUAGGGAGCGCAAAGACUGUUCAAGCGGGAACGGAAUUGCCAGACCCGCCGGCCGUGGAUCAGAGCACAGAAAUGGGAAUGGGAAGAACUUUGGUCCUUCCGGUAAGAAGCUUGAACGAGACCCCGAGCCCAAGUCCGCAUGAACUCGGACGUGCAGAACAUCUAAAGCUCAGCACACUGGUGGAAGAGUGGCUACAUGAGUGGACACAGAGUCCAAGGAUGGUGCAAUGGGCCAGAGAGGAUGCCAUAUUCGACAAGAUUGAGUGGUUCAAGACAGACGAGGGGUUGAACCUGCUCGAGUACAUUAUACAUCGCGACUCGGGGGUUGAAGACUAG